UGUGGAUGUCAGGCUGAAGCAGAAAAGCCGUAAAGAAGUCGAGAGACGAGGCAGGAGAGGAUAAUAAUCUCCGGUCAUUGGUGGACGUGAAGCGAGAGGCUUGAGAGACAUGGAGCUCAUACCAAGAUCACUCAAAUUUUGCAGGAUUGAUUCGGAGUAAUGCUUUGAAUGAGCACGAGAUCUGUCUUCAGUUUUUUUCUCCUUCCAGCGCCCCUUUUCUCCAAGAAAAUAUUUAGUCUUUUUUUCGCGUGUACGUGUUUGUCUCUGUGGUUGCUUGAAUUUCAUCUACUAGGAAAGUUUAUAAAUAUUUUCGAUAAGCUCAACCUCAACAACGUCUACUAGUAGAACUAGCUUCAUCACCUUCUCGGCCAAAUAAUUUUCAGAAAAUGGAACCGCCGUGUGCUACCACAAUAAUUUUAGCCGACUCGUCUUAAUUACAUAAACAAGAAGAGGAAAACAAACAGAAAUAAUGGGGGGUGGUGGAAAGCUCGGAGACCCGAAAGACAUGGCUGUGGGGGCCGGCCUGCAGUGUCUUGAGGCGGCAACGCUUGGUAUGCCCUUCGAAGUAUGGAAAACUCACAUGGGAAGGUAGUGGUUUGUUGAAAACUAUGAAACUCAAAUUACAUAGACAUAGGAUCUUCUAGAAAUAAUAACGAAGAACUAGUGAAGCUGAACUAAAACCAGCAAUUAUAGUGCAGCAAUACUUCAUGUGUUGAAAAAAAACGGAGACCACUUGUAAAAAAUGCAUGCGAAUAGAAAUGAAGCGACGCGGCUGUGACCUAGGGCAGGUUUGUGUUAAUGUAGUUAGUUCCCACAUCACACUUUUUAGUCUUAGGUGGAGUCAGUCGUCCACUAAUGCACAGCAAAAAAUUAAUACAUCGCAGAUUUCGCAAUGAAGGAACGAUCGAGGCUUUUCAAAAUGUCUAUAAACGAGGUGGAGCUGGCGCAUUUUGGCAAGGGACCUCAGCGAAAAUGGUGGAAUCGGCUUCGAAGGGAGCGAUAUUGCUCUAUGCCAAGGAAGCAAUACUCAUGGGAAUGGUGCCUCUAUGCUUUGUUUGAUAUGCCACUUCGCGGAUGUUGAAUAUGAUGUCAAGAUGUAUCUACUGGAAGAGCAGGAGUUCGUAAAGGCAAACUACAUGAUAAAUAUGAAAACUUCAUACCGGCUAGCUUAUCCUGUAUCCUUAGGUCUAUCCCUACAUGCAAUACAUGAUAUGAAAACUUACUUUUACUACAGAUAGGCCUCCAUUUAUAUAAAUAUAACUACAAGUUGUUCGCGUAAGCGAGGUACAUUGGCGCCUUCAUCUGUUCACCAUCUACAACUUCUCAGGCCCACACCGGUGCAGGAGCAGGCCUCAGUGGUGUAAUCGCGGGUGCAGGUGGUGGUGUAGCACAGGUGAGUGUCAUGGGUCCCUGCACAUUUCUAGUGACUUCAAUUGUGACAGGCGACAAAAACACGAAUGUCAGCAAAAAAGUUGCAGAAACUUGGUCCCAGAAGGGAAUAAGGGGCUUUUAUCCUGGUGGAAUGGCAUUAACUUUUCGACAAGCCUCAAAUUGGGCAAGUCGACAAGGUUUCACGGAAAUCAUUCGAGAAAAAUGCGGAGUACUUAUAUUGCAUCAUCUAUUAGAACGAGUAGUUGUUGUUAAUGAGUUGCAUUGAUUCCAAUGAAAUAAAUAGGAGCUGCUCCCGCACACACUGGAAGUAGUCGCAGUAUGCGCAUAUUUAAGUUCUUGAUAUGGUAAUGAAUAUGUCAGUCUUCUACUUCAUCCUUUAUAAUGAUCUGUAGUAGUGGAAUAUGCUGUUCACGGCUUAGUACGUUACUGUAUGCUCAUCGGGUUAUCUCUUUGGGUCUGGUCUCAAAGCUGAUUUGGCAUGUCAGAUUGGAGACACAUGACAUGAUAUUUAUGAUCUCAUGUGGCUUCACAACCAUAUGCUUUCAGGAAAUGAGGCAUGGGGACGCAAAGGCGAAGCUCACUAGGGGCGAGGAAGCAAUGUGUGGCAUUCUAGGUGGUGCGCUUUCAUGUUGGAAUCAUCCAUUUGAAGUAGCGCGAAUUGAAGCCCAGGCUGCUGCAAAUGCUGGUGAGCCAACGCUCGGCAUGGUUGCAACCAUGGCCAAGGUACGUCACGAUCUCCACAUUUACUUUUUCGGUUACCCUUACCACAUGUUGCACAUUUGUUUUUUAGCAGUAGUACCUUUGAAGAACUGUACCUGUAACACUAAGGAUUAUUUAUUCUUGAUGCUGUAGACUCCUGAAAAGUUGUCUUCUGAGAUAUACUACGUGGUCUCUCCUUUUUCUCAUGCAUAAAUAUAUGUAACGAACAGGUGACGCGGGAAAAUGGACCCAUGGGUCUGUUCCAGGGCAUCGUGCCGCGACUCGGGCUCGGAAUUUGGCAGACCCUCUUCAUGGUGACGGGUGCCAAAAUUAUACGUGAAUAUAUUUAA